CAGAGGAACAUAAUAAGAAAGUUAAAAGAGUUUUACCAUAAUGUAAGGAAACAUUUGUAACUGAGAUCCACAAAGAGCUGUCCGAAUGAUUCUUUGAGUCAAAGACAAGACCCUUGUCGACACACAACUGAACCAUUGGUUCCAAAUUUCUCGCUGCCUCCAUAUCUUAUCAUCACCAUCCAUCCACACAAAAACGCUAUCAAAGUUCCUUCCUUUCCUCCCCCACAGAGAUGCUGAAACAGAGCUUUGUCUCUCACAACGCCAAUGCUCUCUGUUUCUCUAUAUCCAACCCAAAGUUCAAUUCUUUAAGCCCACCAAAGAAGCCAAAUCGUCUCGCGUCCUGCGCUCUCAAUGUCGGACUCCAAGAUGUAACCGAAGUCAUCCACAACAAGGUACUUAUAGCUGCUGGGUUCUCCGGAGCGAUUGGGCAGCUCUUAAAGCCCUUCACUUCUGUGGUUUUCUAUAAGAAAAAACUUGACUUUAGAACCGCUUUACAAGCUGGAGGCUUCCCUUCAACACAUUCCUCUUCUGUUGUGGCUGCAGCAACUGCAAUUGCUUUUGAAAGGGGAUUUGAUGACUCCAUUUUUGGUUUGACUGUGGUUUACGCUGCUCUGAUCAUGUAUGAUGCUCAGGGUGUGAGGAGAGAAGUUGGAAAGCAUGCGAGAGUGUUGAACAAACUAACGGCUAAUGCUCGGAAAGGUGAAGAGGAGAUAAGUAUAAAGGGCAAGGAAGGUGAGACUUUGGAGUCAGAUGAGAUCAGUGAGGAAGUGAAACUUCCGUUGAAAGAGUCAAUAGGACAUACUGAAGUUGAAGUCAUAGCAGGCGCUUUGUUCGGUUUCUUAGUUAGCUUUGGUGUUUAUUCACUUAUGUAAAGCUCCCAACUUUAUAUGUGGGUUGUUAAGAAAGAAAGAAAGGAGAGUUUGAUACUGUGUAAUUGCAAAAGUUAAAGAAUCAGUGGAAAUGUCAAAACAGUUUUGUGGAUAGCUAUGUUGCUACUGCUGUUUUUGAUUUUGGAGAUA